UUGCGGGCUGCGUCAUACUGCUGCAAUGUUGACGGUCUCGAUUAAUAUUAUCGAGCAUAGAAAUAGAACGCAUAGAACGCCCCGCACACCAUCGUUGUUUCAACCAGGGAGUUCGACACAACAAGAGAGAGAAGUAGAGCCACCCAAAUAACAUCAGAGGAAUAAAGCGACCGAAGAGAGGCUGCGAUAAACAUAGCUGUAUAUAGCUUAGCACGCAUGCUAACGUUGGCUUCUAGUUAGCUAGCUACGUCGCAACGGCCACGCAGAGAACAACAUCAGAAGGUGAUAGUUAGAAGACAGUGUUUACAACUGUAUUUCAAUGGUAUUUUUACAUAAAAGCAGGUUCGAGCAUUAUGUCCUGCUCUGGUAACCUGGUUUGGGAUGUUAACAAGCGUUCCAUUGGAUAUAAUGACCCGAAUGCUGUCAGGAUCAACUACUUAGGGAGAAGAGAAUUUGUCCAGCGGCUGAAACUCGAAGCGACACUCAAUGUUCACGAUGGCUGUGUCAAUACUAUAUCCUGGAACGAUACCGGGGAGUACAUCUUGUCAGGGUCGGACGAUACCAACCUGGUCAUCACAAACCCAUACAACAGAAAGGUCAAGGCAACCAUACGGUCGGGUCACCGGGCGAACAUCUUCAGUGCUAAGUUCAUGCCUCAGACCAGUGACCAGCAGAUCAUCUCGUGCUCUGGGGAUGGUAUCAUCUACUACACCCACACAGAGAAGAGCCCCGACAUCAACCGGCAGUGCCAGUUCACCUGCCACUACGGAACAGCCUACGAGAUUAUGACGGUACCCAACGACCCCUAUACGUUCCUGUCGUGUGGGGAGGACGGCACCGUGCGCUGGUUUGACCUGCGCACAAAGACCAGCUGUACUAAAGAGGACUGCAAAGAUGACAUCCUGAUCAACUGUCGGCGGGCGGCGACGUCCAUCUCCAUCAGUCCGCUGGUGCCCUAUUACCUGGCGGUGGGCUGCUCUGACAGCUCCGUACGCAUCUAUGACAGACGCAUGCUGGGCACCAGGGCUACGGGGAACUACAUGGGCCGUGGAACGACGGGCAUGUGUGUGCGCUUCGUUCCGGCCCACCUGUCCAACAAGUCGUGUCGUGUGACUUCACUCUGCUACAGCGGGGACGGACAGGAGGUGUUGGUCAGCUACUCUUCAGACUACGUCUACCUGUUUGACCCCAAUAAUGACCAGGCCCGAGAGCUGAAGGGUCCGUCCGAGGAGAGGAGGGAGGAGCUGCGGCAACCCCCAGUGAAGCGUCUUCGUUUACGAGGUGACUGGUCUGACACCGGUCCACGAGCUCGUCCUGAGAGCGAGAGAGAGCGGGACGGAGAGCAGAGUCCCAACGUGUCGCUGAUGCAGAGAAUGUCGGACAUGUUGUCCCGCUGGUUUGAGGAGGCCAGCGAGGCCCAGGGCAGCCGGGGGACCACACGCCCUCAGACACGCCCUACAGGCACUCUUCCUCGCAUAGAGGGGGCCCCCACCAUCCCAACACUCCCUACCAUACCCCCUCCACAAGCUGCCAGAGCCCUAGAGGGCUCUGUGGAAAUGGAGGCCUCCGCCGUCAACCCUGUACCUGUACCCAUCUCCAAGUCCACCUCCUCCUCGUCAACGGUUACAGCACAUCCUCCAUCAACCUCUUCAUCCAUGGAAAGCUCGGUGCUUCCCUCAUGCGCCCUCACCUCCUCCCCAGAUUCAGAGCAGAGGAGUCAGGCAGACACGGCUGUGACCUCCACGCCAACACCCACACCCACCGCAGAGGCCACACUGUCUGAGUACGGCCCUCAUCGGCUGCCAGUAAGUUUAGUGUGUAGGCGCUUGCAGCGGCUGCUCCUGUUGGCCGACCCCCCAGGACAGAGUCAACCCUCUUCCUCCACCGCAGGCACUGAGAGCCAAUCACAGGGGGCUGUUGCUGCUGCCACCAAGAUGGCCCCCCCUACAGAUUCUCCCUCGUCUGUGGUUAACAAACAGCUGGGAUCCAUGACUCUGGAUGAGCAGCAGGGAGCAUCAGAAGCUGUGAGUGCUGGAGCGAGUUUGAUUAAAGUGAAAACUCUGUCUGCGUCUGCCAGUGUAACUGGCACCUCGUCUGGGUCCGGGGCACCCAGCAGCAGUACUGGACCUGGAGGUAGCCGAGCCAGCACGGCAGAACCCGUCCUGAGUCUACACUACAGCACUGAGGGAACCACCACCAGCACCAUCAAACUGGACUUCACCGACGAGUGGAGCCGCAGAGCUCCUAGUUCCAGGGGAGGCGGAGCCUCCAGUUCCAGGGGCAGCGGAGUCUCCAGUGGAGAGUCCAAACCGUCAGAGGCAGCAGGGGCCGCCCAGACCAGGGAAGGGCCCUUGGCAGAGAGCUCUACCUCAGAGCAGGUGGCUGUGUCGGAGCCCUCCGGCCAGAGCAGGUCUGCUGCUUCCCACACAGACCCACUGUGUGAGGCUGGGGGUGCCUCCUUCUCCAGCACCCAGGGCUCCACGCAGGCCCAGGCCACAGCACAAGCCUCCUCUGUGGGGGAUUGUGUGACUACCACACCCCUGGAGAGGAACCAGGGUGUGGGUGCGGAGGACACCACUGGGGGGUGCAGGAGAGAGGAGCCUGUGGGGGAGGAGGGGCAUGGGGGUCCAGGGGGACAGGGGGUUCCAACGGGACCGGGAGGACAGGGUCAACCCUCCCGUAGCCACCAGGACUCAGACGACAGUGAUGACGAUCCAAUUCUUAUCCCCUCUGCGAGGUACAGAGGAGGACAGGGACAGAGAUCUAAUUUCAGAGGAUCAGCGGUAGGAGAUAGGAUGAUCAGACGCUCAGCUGCAGCCCGUAUCCAGGAACUGUUUCGUCGGAGGAAGGAGAGGAGAGAGAUGGAGGAGAGUGAGACCCAAAAUAUCAGGAGACCCUCAGUCAAAAUGGUCUACAAGGGCCACCGCAACUCCAGGACUAUGAUCAAGGAGUCGUGUUUCUGGGGGAACAACUUUGUGAUGAGUGGUUCAGACUGUGGCCACAUCUUCAUCUGGAACAGACACACGGGGGAGCACCUGAUGCUGCUGGAGGCCGACAAUCACGUAGUCAACUGUCUCCAGCCGCACCCCUACGACCCCAUUCUUGCCUCGUCAGGGAUCGACUACGACAUUAAGAUCUGGUCACCUCUGGAGGCGUCACCGUCCUUUAACAGAGUCCUAGCUGAUGAGGUGAUCACGCGUAAUGAGUUGAUGCUUGAGGAGACCAGGAACACCAUCACAGUCCCCGCCUCCUUCAUGCUGCGAAUGCUGGCCUCCCUUAAUCACAUAAGAACGGAUCGCUUGGAGGGUGACCGCUCAGAAGGUUCUGGACAGGAGAACGAGGAUGACCAGUAGCUGCCCGAACACCAUUUUAUUGGAAAAAGAAAACACAAUUUUUCUUUUGCUCUAAAAAGCACUUGAAGAUCUUGAGAUUUGUACAAGUAGAAUAUUUCUUUAUCUGAGCAUUAGUUACAUUUUUAGCUCUUCUU